CUCCAGUUUGAAGAGUUUUCUUGAAAAAUAAAAUCGAAAAAAUAUUUCAGUCAUUUCGUUUAAUAUCCACGACUUAUUGCAACUAAGAUGUCUGAGAAGGGGUCAAAUGAGGCACCUAAUGUAGAUAGUACCACUACUAAUGAUAUUUUAAUGGACACUACAAUCAACUUGGAUGAUUCAGCUGAAAUUUUAGAUGAACCCGUUAGUGAAGAAGUCAGAAGUCCUUUAGAAAAUCUGGAGGAAGAUAUUGAUAACAUUCUUCAGUCUAAUUCUGAACUUGAAGAAACUAAGGGGGAAGAUGACAUUUUUGAUGAUAGCCCAACAGAGUUUACAGAAAGCAAUACCACAAUCAAUACUCUGCAAGACAUUAAGUCAGAAGAAGUAAUUGUUGAACAAAGUAUAGACUUAGAAAGUCCAUUGGUUCCCAUCAAGCCAAUUGUAGAGCCAGAAAUUGUUCAGGGUGUUCAAAAUUUAGAACUUUCCGAAGAUGACAUUAUUGAACAAGAAAUUGAAAAAUCUAAUGAGUUUACUAAACAAGAGUCUCUUGAAUGGCCAGUGAAUAGCAAUGAUAAAGAGAAAGAAGAAAAUAUGACGGGAGUUACAGACCCAGUGAUUACUGGUAGCUUAGAGGAGACAAAUGGUAGGGCUAGCAAUUAUUUUAAAACUCAUCCAGCCCCUACAUCAGAUGCAACUGGGGCUGAUUUCUUUGACCAAAUUUCACAAAGUGCCCCAUCUACAGGUGAAAAGGAAGUGAUUAAACCAGUAGAAACAGUUCAUACUAUUCCAGCAAGAAAUCGAACCAUUAGUGAGAACAGUCAAGAACCAACAAGCAUCACAUUUGAUACAAGUCAAGAAGACCAAGAAAAACUAAGAAAGAUUGCUUCAACAGAUAGUGUGAGCAAAUUCUUCAAAUCAGCAGAAGCAUCUAGCAGUGAAAAUGACAAUAAAAACUUUUUUGAUACAUUUGCUGGUGGAAUUGGUAGUCCAACUAGUGAUCUGCCAAAUGAACUUGUCCGAGAGAGUCCCGAUGAACUCCAAAUGGACGUCACACUCCCAGCAUCUCCGAGAAAUGUUCCUACGACACCACCUCUACCUCCCAAUGUGUCACCCCAAAUGCUGAACAUGCCAAUGAGUUUCAGCCCGAAGUUGCCCCCUAUUGGAGAUAGUCAUGAGACAUCUGGAGCGCCCUCUAUUCCCAGCCCUACUGAAGGGACAGCUCCGCAAACUCCACCCAUUCAACCCUCCCCCGUGAAUCCAAAUGAAGAUGCUAGUGCUACUCAGGUGUUCAGACAAACAUCAGGAGAGGAUCUUUUCUCUGCCAGUCUUCAAAUGAGUAGCAGUGACAGAAUGCACGAUGCAUGGAUUCCAUCUGAGGCUACACGGCAGAUCUUAGUAAAGAUGGUUACAAGUCCCCCUGGGUCAUACAUACCUGAGGAAACACUUCUAACCCGCCCUGGCCUUCUUGUUGAUACCCCACAGGGUGAUCCAGUGAAAGAGCUAGUACGACGUCACCUUGGGGAAGAGGCUGCCAGCAAACGUCAAAGUCUCUCAGCGUCAGAUGUUUCCCAUGAUGAAGCAGGACUACGUAAACUGAUUGAGGCUGGGUGUUGGAGAGAAGGCGUAGACCUCACUGGCCAAUUACUCACAAACUUUGGACAGGGCAUUGGCAAAUGCGGAAUGGAGUCACUGAACACACCCACAACCAUACAGUUCUGGUUUUGUCGGUUUGCACUACUCGUGAAGUUGCGUCAGUAUAGUCUUGCGGAAAGUGAGUGUGCUGCAUUUGGCAACCUGGACCAACCAGACAUGUACUAUGAAUUCUACACGGAACAGUACCCUGGUAGAAAAGGUUCUUUGGUCCCAUUUGGGAUGCGUCUUCUCCACGCAGAGCUUCCGCAUUAUCUUGGCAAGUCACAAGAGGCCCUUGACAGGUUGUUCUAUAUAAUGGCAAUAGUCACAAAGAUCCUCACCAACCUUGGCUCUGGUCUGUCUGAAGAAGGUGCCGCAAUAGAACUGAGCGAUGACACACGUCAAGCAUCAGUGGAUUUGUGGAGAAAGCGUGAAAUCAAAUUGCUUUACACUAUUUCGAAUGUCCUGCUGUCUAUUAAGGACUAUACCUCCUGUAUUGAGAUACUGCAGACCCUUCUUACAAAAGACGAGAAAAACCAGGCGGCAAUUAGCAGCUCCAUUGGCCGGAUAUUUCUCCAGAUGGGGCAGCUAAAUCUUGCAGAACAACAAUUUCAAGGAAUUAAGGAUGGACAUCUUGCCAGUGGUGGAAAGAAGGAUUCAACAGAUCUGCUGAAUGAGGGAUUCCUGCACCUUGGUAAAGGCUCAUAUAAAGAGGCCUUUGAAUUAUUCAAAUCUGCAAGUGAACUAGAUCCUAACAAUGCUGUGGCAGUCAACAAUAUGGCAGUUUGUGCUCUAUAUACUGGAAAAUUAACAUCAGCAUUGGAGAUCCUUGAACACCUCGUUCGUAACAACCCAGCCAAAUACCUCCAAGAUGGUAUCCUAUUUAACCUCUGUACAUUACAUGAACUUGAAUCAUCGAAAGCGAUCCAGAAAAAACAAGGACUUCUCGAGUUAGUGAGCCAGCACAAAGGAAACGGCUUUAACGCAGCCUGUCUAAAAAUGUCAUAGAAAAUGUCAACAGAUUUGUUGCAUUAGAUACUCAGUUUGGGAAAUAUUAACUUUUCAAAGUUUUACAACAAAUGGACUUGAUAAUGAUUUAUGAUUCCAAGAUUAUAAAGACCGGAGCUUAGAAAUAACAAGCUGAUCUUAACCUUUAUAAAAAUUCUACUGUUCUUAGUUUACUUUAUUAGAACUCUCUAGGUUUACUCUAUUGACUAAAACAAAUGUUACAGUUUCUAGCAUUUUUUAUUCCUAAAAUGAAUGUUUUAUCAUAAAUCAUUUCUAGUAUGGUUCACACUAAGGUUGACAUUCUUUAUUGAUUUAGUAUGGUUUAUACAGUUUAUAGGGCUUUUUAUUCUUUUCAUUGUUGCUUCUAAUGUGUUGUAACAUUUUCACAUUCCAUAGUUGAGUGAACUUAACCAUGUAUCCAGUGACAAUUGUAUGACAUUGUCUACUUUGAAACAGUGAAGUCAUUUAGUCUUUUAUCCUUAAUGUAUGUUCCCUUUCAAAUUCAGUUAAAACUAUGAAAAUAUUGGUGUCAAACUGGUCAAUAAAAAGAGUGAAGAAACUGAUUAUGCUUUGUGGAGAAACAUCGAUUUCAAAUGAAGCAACUCAUUAGAUUAGAAUAUCUGAAUGUUAAGAGAUCUUACAUCGUUGAGAUUUUUCAUUUAGGUUCAUAUGGUUCCAGUCAUAGAUUGCAUUAAGAUAUAAUGCCUAGGUCACAUUUGCUCUGAUUCAUCAGC